GGCUCUGACGUAUAAACCUGCUGGAGAUCCUCCAACCCUCCAACCUGGCCUGAUCUUGCCUCUCCCAUGUGCCUGCUCUCAAACUACAUUCAGUGAGGACCUGGCCACUGCCUAAUGGGAAGCUGCCACAUCUUCGCGAGCCCAGUGCCUGGGAAAGUGCCUGGCACUUUAAAUAGAGUGGAUGAAGACGCUGUCAGGAGAGUCAGAGACCCAAAAACAGCCCUUGAGAAAUCUCCCAGGGAGCAGCGAGAUGGGGGACCCACUCAGCCCUGGAGAGGCGUCGUUUUGUGCCCGAAACCAUCUUCCAUAGGUGGUUUCUCCCAGAGGCCUUUGCUGAGCCUUUGGGAGCCCUUUCGGAGAGCCGUGACUGGAAACCCUCACCCCCAGUUAACGGGUCCCAAGCCAGCCCUAUUCCGGGAAGGGGAGGGGAGUGAUGGGACAGAGCAGAGGAGGCUGGGGAGAGAGGUGGAGGGAGCGCAAUGACCUCCGGACUGGACACCGCCCCGGGGAGUGCGCACCAAUGCGGCAGCUGCAAAGACCAGCCUCCGCACUCCGCCCGCCCCCGCCCCCCAGAACAUCUCUGUGAGGUCUAGAAUGGGCCGAGAGGAAAACGCCCGGCGGUGGCUCUUAUACGUCCUGGUGCCAGUCCUGUUCUACAGGGUGGGAGGCUCCGUCUUCACCCCUCGGAAACUCUAUGGGGAAGUGACUUCCCCUCUGUACCCCAAGCCUUACCCCGACAACUUUGAGACCACCACUGUGAUCACGGUCCCCACGGGGUACAGGGUGAAGCUCGUCUUCCGGCAGUUUGACCUGGAGCCUUCGGAAGGCUGUUUCUAUGAUUAUGUCAAGAUCUCUGCCGAUAAGAAAACCCUGGGGAGGUUCUGUGGGCAGCUGGGCUCCCCACUGGGCAACCCUCCAGGAAGGAAGGAAUUUAUGUCCCAAGGGAACAAGAUGCUGCUGACCUUCCACACGGACUUCUCCAAUGAGGAGAACGGCACCAUCAUGUUCUACAAGGGCUUCCUGGCCUACUACCAAGCUGUGGACCUGGACGAAUGUGCCUCCCAGCUCAACUUGGUCGAGGAGAAUCCCCAGCCCCUGUGCCAGCACCUGUGUCACAACUACGUUGGUGGCUAUUUCUGUUCCUGCCGUCCAGGCUAUGAGCUUCAGAAGGACAGGCAUUCCUGCCAGGCCGAGUGCAGCAGCGAGCUGUUCACAGAGCCGUCGGGCUACAUCUCCAGCCUGGAGUACCCCCGGCCCUACCCGCCCGACCUACGCUGCAACUACAGCAUCCGGGUAGAGCGGGGCCUCACCCUCCAACUCAAGUUCCUGGAGCCUUUCGAAAUCGAUGACCACGAGCAAGUACACUGUCCCUACGACCAGCUACAGAUCUAUGCCAACAAGAGGAACAUCGGUGAGUUCUGUGGGAAGCAAAGGCCAGAGCCCAUUGACACCAGCAGCAACUCCGUGGACCUGCUGUUCUUCACGGACGAGUCAGGGGACAGCCAGGGCUGGAAGUUGCACUACACCAGCAAAAUCAUCAAGUGCCCCCAGCCCAAGACCCUAGACUCGUUCACCAUCAUCCAGGACCUGCAGCCUCAGUACGAGUUCCGGGACUACUUCAUCGCCACCUGCAAACAAGGCUACCAGCUCAUGGAGGGCAAACAGGCGCUCCUGUCCUUCACAGCUGUCUGCCAGGAUGAUGGCACAUGGCAUCGCGCCAUGCCCAGGUGCAAGAUCAGGGACUGCGGGCAGCCCCGAAGCUUGCCUAAUGGAGCCUUCAAUUAUACCACCACGACGGGGGUGAACACCUACCAGGCCCGUAUCCAGUACUACUGCCAUGAGCCGUAUUACAAAAUGCAAACCAGAGAUGGCAGAAGCCAGUCUGAGCGAGGGCGGUACAUCUGCACAGCUCAGGGCAUGUGGAAGAAUGAGCUGGCAGGAGAGAAGAUGCCUCGGUGUUUGCCAGUGUGCGGGAAACCUGUCAACCCUGUGGAGCAGAAGCAGCGCAUCGUUGGAGGCCAGAAGGCCAAGCUGGGCAACUUCCCCUGGCAGGCCUUCACCAACAUCCACGGCCGAGGGGGCGGCGCGCUGCUGGGCGACCGCUGGAUCCUCACGGCCGCGCACACGCUCUACCCCAAGGAGUACGAAGCACAGGGCAACGCCACCGUGGACGUGUUCCUGGGCCACGUCAGCGUGGAAGAGAUCACCAAGCUGGCCAACCACCCCGUCCGCAGGGUCAGCAUCCACCCCGACUACCGCCAGGAAGAGUCCCACAACUUCGAGGGGGACAUCGCCCUCCUGGAGCUGGAAAACAGUGUCACCCUGGGCCCCAACCUCCUCCCCAUCUGCCUCCCCGACAACGAGACCUUCUAUGACCAGGGUCUCAUGGGCUAUGUCAGUGGCUUUGGGAUCACGGAGGAGAGACUUUCUCACAACCUCAGGUUUGUCCGUCUGCCCGUAGCUAAGCGAGAGGAUUGUGAGAGCUGGCUCCGGAAAAAAAAUAGGAAAGAUGUGUUUUCUGAAAACAUGUUCUGCUCUGGGGACCCGACUCUAAAGCAAGAUGCCUGUCAGGGGGAUAGCGGAGGGGUCUUUGCAGUGAGGGAUGAGAAAAAUGAUCGCUGGGUGGCGACAGGCGUCAUAUCCUGGGGCAUCGGCUGCAGCAGGGGGUACGGGUUCUACACCAAACUGCUCAACUACGUUGACUGGAUCAAGAAAGAGAUGGAGGAGGAGGACUGAGCCCGGAAUUCACUAGGUCAGAAUCCAAAGAGCAGGGUGUAAAAAAAGAAAAAAGAUUAUCUAACCAGCUGUUGACAACCACUAAGAAUCCAUAUUAAAAUCACCGAUGCAGAAAGA